AUGUCGGAGCAAGAUGGAUCAAGAAAGGAAAAGAGCAAGCCAAGGGUAAGGGCUACAACUAUUGAUGAAUUUUUAAAAGAAAAUGGGAUAGAUGUAGAAAUUGACAGACUAAGCUCUGAACUAAGUGAUGAUGUGGGAGAUAGCUUUCCACUUGAUGAAAUUUAUUAUUCACAUGUGAUGGAGGACAUUGAUGAUGACGAAGGAGAGCCAAAGAAAAAGAAAACCCGGGGAAAAACAACUUGCAAAGAGAUUUAUGCAAGAACUAUGGAACAGCGGGAAGAAGUUAUUUUUGAUAUUGGACAGCCAGUAGGACCAACCGAUCAAAGUGUGUCUAAUUUAACUAGUUUCGUAGGAACAAUUGGUAGAAAUAAAAGAUUUGUGAGUCUUUUGUACACUAGCUGGCAUGCUGUAACUCCUAAAGCUAAGAAAUUCAUGUGGAACUAUGUUAAUGAAGGUGCGUAUAACACUGUUGAUAUCAUGCAGACCAAGUUUAUCCUCCCAGAUAGUGGAGAAAAGUGGGUGAUCCAAGCAAUUCGGGAUGCUUGGAAGCGGUUCAAGGGAAAGAUUAAGCAGAAGCACUUUGUUCCCUUUGAUACCAUCGAAGAUAUGUCAAUAAGUGAAAAAAACAAGAAACAUAAAGAACAGCAAAAGUUUUCACAUCGCAUGGGGCCAAUCAAUUUCGGAAGAGUACGAGUGGCUCUGCGCGCGACAAAGGAAACAAAUGAGGAACCAAAAAGGUUUGAAAUGUUCCUUGCUACUCGAACAAGUUGGAAAAGGAAGGAAGUUGAUCAGGAAACACAAGAUGCAAUUGAUGAAUUCCAAAACCGGCAAGCUGCUGGUGAAACAGAUGAGGAAGCUUUUGUGUCUUUAUUUGGAAAAAAACAACCAGGUCGGGUUAGGUGCUAUGGAAGAUCUAUUACACGACGUGACUUAAAAAAGCAUGUAGAAAUUUCUGAACUCAAGCAACAACACCAGGAGGAAGUCACAUCUUUGAAGGCUGAACUUGGAGACAUGAAGGCCAAACAGGUGAAAGCUGAUAAUUCUGAAGAUGCAAAUGAAGAUUGA